AACAAGCUCAUAACCAUUGGGGCAGCUCUGAGAAGCGGCAUGUCGUGUUGUGAGUGCAGAGACCGGGAGGGCAGCAUCCUGUACAGCCUCCUCAACAGAGGCGCUCACAGCCCGCAGGGACACCUGGAGACCGUCGCCGCGCAACAGCCCUGCUCCUGCGCGUCCAGGAGGAAACUGGUCGCCAUUCGGGCUCCGCAAUUAGUUUUCAAAGCGGCCUCGGAGGUGCUUGUGAAAACUUUCAGAUUCGUGAAAAAUGUGCCGUGUUUUCGGGGUUUGCCGGCGGGAGACCAGCUCCGGCUUGUGCGCAACAGCUGGGCGCCGCUGCUGGUUUUGGGCAUGGUGCAGGACUCCGUGGACUUCGACACGGUGGAGACGCAGCAGCCGAGUCUGUUACACAUGAUUUUAACUCACAGCAAGGAGCGACAGCAGGAGCGCACUCCGGCAGAGAGCCGGGACCCCGGGGUGCCGGUGAGUGACGCGGAGGGGAUCAAAAUGUUUCUGGCGUGGUGUCGAGGACUGAGGAUCAGCGUCAGAGAAUACGCGUUUCUGAAGGGAGCCAUACUGUUCACCCCGGAAGUGACGGAGCUGGAGUGUCGGGAGUACGUCCGCGCGCUUCAGAGAGAGGCUGAGCGCGCGCUGUACGAGCACGUGAGGACGGUGCACCGGGGUAAAGCGGGCCGGUUCGGCAGGCUGCGCGCGGUGCUGAGCGCGCUGCGGUCCAUUGAACCGGACGCGGUGUCGGGGCUGUUCUUCAGACCCGUUAGAUGGACUGAUCGAUGGACUGAUCAAUGGACUGAUCGAUAGAUUCAAUGUGAUCAUGUCUUCAUCGUCUUUCUUUACAGAAUCUGCUCAGAGCAUCAGCACAUUAGGAUUCUGUGUGUUGAGGAGCUGCAGCCAGUCACUGAAACAUCUGUGCUGUCACCUGUCAUGCAUAUUAGAUUACACAGCUGUCAUUUAACGCCGGUGUUCAGCGGUGUGGGGCUUUACAACAGUCCCAACAAAUCCCUGACUGAUUCUGCAGAGAUCCAACUCUGACACCAGAUGAGAACCAGGUUGCUGAGCAUUGUGGGAACAACACGCAGUCUCAAUAAGAGCAUCGCUUACGUGACACAAGUGUGAUACAGACAUCUGCCCAAACACAAGACCUCAGUCAAGCUCCAUGUAUCCAUCAAGCCAUCAAAUCACAAUCCUCCAUAGGUUGAAUACAUCGACUCCAGCUGCAGAACAUCUGCUCCCACAACACUAAAGCUCCCAUUACAGAGACACUACCAAACGCAGUAUGAUUGAAAAAGCACAAACAGUAAGCAUUGCCUCGUGUAGAGAAGCAGAAGCGAGAGAAUCACAGCUUUAGAAAGCAGAGAAGAAUAAGAGGUUCCUACCAGUGAUGCUCAGUUUGACGGGUGGAGGCCAUCGUCCAUCACUUUCUGUAAAGGAAAUAAAAGAGCAUUAAAAACUAGAAGUAGGCAUCCUUUCAUUUUACAAGAAAGUGAGUUUGAAGCUUGAAAUCUUAAUUGUGGGCCAUGUAAUUGCUGGUUCAGAUGCUGUUUAUUGCUAAAUGAAUCGUGGUAUUAAUGAACAAUGCUAUCAAACUCCUGCAGAUGCACUGUGGUCACUUUAGGGCCGUAAAAUCCAACUUAUUGCCCCUUAAACACAGUGCAAGCAGGCAUCAUAAUCAUUAGCAGUCAGAUGUAUUUUUCCACAGCUCUUAAAUGACUUUCUGCACACGCACACGCACACGCACACACACACACACACACACACACGCUCUUCAUCACCAAUCCGACACCUACAAAAAAAGUUAUGGGUGUCGAUUAAAACAGCUGCUACACAUUGUAACACACCGGUGGUUUGGGCUCCAGCUCCCUGUUCAGGCAGCCUCAGUGAAUACGCCGCCGCUCAUCAAGCAUUCGCUCGCCGCCUCGUUUCAUUAAUAUCGCCAGGAGCCGGCGCCGAGCUGUUCCUCUUCUUCCUCCUGCUCCCAGGUGCCGCAGCGUGCCGUUACCUGGGAAAUACCAGCCGGAAUUAAACCACAGGAAACAAUGCUGCAGAUUAUCCCUGCUGACGAGACGGGACACUGUGUGUUCAUAAUGUGAAUUAACAUUUGAUGCUGAGUCACCUCCCAUGACGCACACUUAUUUCCCAUCUUUGUCUUAACAUGAAGAUGUGUUGUGUGUCGUUUAAAGUUUUAAUACUGGCUGUGAUUACGACGUGUACUCUGUGCUGAACCACCACGCUGCUGCCUCUGUUGCUGUACUGACUUUACUGACUUCCACUGCUUCUGCUUUCACAUUAUGCGACAGCUAAACUUGUUAUGAUGGAUUGAACAGUGUCCUAAUUGUUACAGCAAAAUUCAUUAUUAAUUUAACUGGCAAUUAAAGCCACAAAACACAAUUUCCCAGAGCCCACAGAGGCACGUACAAAUUGCUCCAAACAACAGUCCAAAACACAAAGAGAGAACUCUAAUAUUAAAUCUUUUAUACACGUAUCAUCUAAUAUUAAAAUGGUUGUUGGUUAAUGUUCUGUCGAUGAGCUGGCACUAAAUAUUUCACACAUUUAGAUCAAAUAAACAGUGGGUUGCAUUUUAACGACAACACCCUGAUUUAAGAACGUUAACGCAAGUAAACACAUAGACCCGACCUAUUAGUCCGGCUAUUGGUGGUGUGUAUCCCUGCUGACGGGCUACUGUGGCUUGAGAAAUACAGUCCGACUCCUGCAGGAAGUCAUACAGACUGGCAUUAUGUUGUGAGAAAGGACAGAUACUUGAUUCUCUAAAUAAAUAAUAUUAUAUUUGUACGGCACACAGAAAGAUUACAGCUUUGGAACCACUGACCACUUGACAUUUCUGGUAUUUCUUCAGUCAAAGUUUUCUCAAUCUUCCCUCAAGGCUACCGGCUCUGCAUUGUUAAAAGUCAGGUAUCAAAGUCUAAAAGUUACCCACUUCACAUUUCUGCUGCUUAUGACAAUGAGCGAAUGCUGAGCGCAGCUUCUGAGCGUGUCCUCUCAGGGCUUUUCUUUCCUCCGGAUGCAGCCUUUCAAGGCAGCAACAGACAUUUAAGCUUAGCCUUGAGUAUUAGCACCACAAUCUCGCGAAGCAUUUGCAUUAAUGGCGUUUUUCCCCCCUCUCAGCUACAGAGUGUAACACCAGCUAAGCUUGUCUCAGAUUACUGUGGUUUCCUUUCGGUGCGGGAUCUCACAUCACAAACAACGCAGCAGCCAGUGGAGCUUCCACACAAAAUCUCAGGAAUACAGGCUGAUCCCCGUGUACACAAACACGUCACACUAAAUGUGGACCGACGCUGGAAGAAAUGAACCCUUACCUAUAAUGAAUACAUAGCAUCAUAAGCUUUGAUACACGAUUCUGAAGCUGUACAGAUCAUCUGAUUGGCAGAAAACUGAUCUAAACCUACUCUGAAUAGUUUUAAGUCUUUUAUGAAGCAACCCAAACCUCUCUUUAGUUACAGUCGGUCAUUAGGGUUUGCUCUCUCUUUAUUUUAUGUGACAGUAAACUAAAUAUCUUUGAGUUUUGGACUGUUGCUCACACACAGCAGGACAUGUGAAGACUUCAGGUUGGACUUUAGGAAACUGUGAUUGUGAGAAAUCGAAGCGAUGCCACAUUUGAUGAAGGAUCAUCAACUGUACCAUUACUAUUACAGGAGUAUAGUGUACUCAAUAAUGCUUCUGUCAGGCCUGUUUACACCUGUGAAAUGAUGAAUGUUAAUGGAAAAUGUUCAUAACGUUUGACACAACCACCUUUAUUGAUUAGCCCAGUAGUUAUUUAAAUGUACAAUUAUCUAUCUACAGUAAAGAAUAACUACAUCUUAUGAGACAGUGAAACUAAGUUAUUACUGUUAUACAGUCAACCUAACAAAGUACUACUAGCCUUAAUUAAACAUUUAAAGUCUUUACUAACAUUCCCUUUCUAUUAUUACUGUGAAUGCUUCAGCCUCCGUUCAGCUGUUUAAACAUUGUAUAUGACAGUAAGGUCUGUGCAGGAACACGUGGAUGUAACAAGGUUUCAGCUCUUCUCUCGCUCUGGGCUCUUUAUUUUAUCCAUUCUUUUAUUUAUGGAAGUAUAUUUAUUCAACAGGAGUAUCUGUUUGUUGAAGGCAGAAAUACAUGGAGUUGGAGCAUUGUUAGCCGCACAGGAAUAUCAUAACGAAGGGGCAUAGCUGUGUUGCCAUGGUAAUUUGUUUUCU